AUGAUACCUACGGAUCAGGAGGCAAUAGUCCCGAAGCGGGCUGGUAGACGAAGCGAUCUCAGGGAUAACCUCGUUUCAAUGGGGAUCGGCACUGAUAUUCUGGGAGGUCUACGUACGAAGGGUAAAUAUAUACCACUCGAUCAACAAACCUCCGAUAGUACCUGGGGAAUAGUGCAUCUGUACCGAGAUGCACAGGAGACGCCGUAUCUAGUUGAGGAGGAUUAUCCUUCGUACCUGAAAGGAUCCGCUGCUGCAAGACAGCCGUACGAUGAACUGGGCGGGGGCUCUAACCCACGUCAGGACGCACAUGUGGAGGAACAUUCUUCCCUCUUGUAUCCGGACGAUGACUGCACGACUUUGUGUAUACUCGCCGUUCCGUCAUAUAUGUCACCAUCGGAUUUUCUGGGAUUUGUUGGUGAAGCAAGCAUGGAUGACGUGAGCCAUUUCCGGAUGAUUAGGACCGCCAGAGCCAAUCGGUAUAUGGUUCUGUUAAAAUUCCGCAGCGGGAAGAAAGCCAAGGAAUGGCAGAAGGAAUGGAAUGGGAAGGUCUUCAAUAGCAUGGAGCCUGAAACAUGCCAUGUCGUAUUCGUGAAAACAGUGGAGGUUCAAGCCGUGGAUUCACAAGCACAGCACGGGGGUACGGCUACUCAUCAGGACACUCUCUUAUCUCAUUCUGCGACUAGUCCCCAGCGUGCAACCAUAUCCUCUACGGGACAAUCCAGCACUAUACCAUCAGCCACACUAUCUACGAGACCUCUAGCACCUCCCACACCGGCCCUUGUCGAGCUGCCAACAUGCCCUGUCUGUCUAGAACGCAUGGAUGAGACCACUGGCCUGCUUACGAUAAUCUGUCAACAUGUUUUCCAUUGUACAUGCCUGCAGAAGUGGAAGGGUAGUGGGUGUCCCGUCUGUCGCUACACACAAGACGAGUUCCGCAGAAGCAGCCAGGGCGCACUCUAUGAAGACGAACCGGCCGAAUGCAGCGUGUGCCAUUCCGAUAUCAACCUUUGGAUUUGCUUGAUCUGCGGAAUUGUCGGUUGCGGUCGCUACGACGGCGCACAUGCUUUCGAUCACUACAAAGAAACCUCCCACGCGUUUGCCAUGGACCUCGCUACGCAACGUGUCUGGGACUAUGUGGGUGACGCAUAUGUUCACCGCAUCAUACAAAGCAAAACCGACGGCAAACUUGUAGAGCUCCCGGCUGCGGAUAACAGUGCACUCGACCCGCCGGACUGGACAGAUGCAGUACCCCGGGAAAAGCUAGAAAAUAUGAGCGUGGAGUACACUCAUCUACUCACAAGCCAGCUUGAGAGCCAACGGGCAUAUUUUGAGGAGAUUGUCGAGCGAGCUGUUGACAAGGCAUCCCAGGCCAGCACAGCCGCGGCUUCGGCGCAGGAAACAGCUGAAAAAGCCACCGCAAACUUUCGCUCAUUACACACACAAUACGAUAAACUGGAAAAUGAGACAUUACCCAACCUCGAGCGAGACAAGGCCCGUGCCGAGAAACGUGCAGAGAAGUUCGAGGCGAUGGCGCGCAAAAUGGAAAAGGAGUGGCGGGAAGAGAAGACUAUGAAUGAAAGUUUGAUGCAGCGCAUUGAACACCUGACUUCCGAGGUGGAAGGCCUUAAAGCGACGAAUGCAGACUUGACCGAGCAAAACAGGGACCUCACAUUCUUUAUUAGCGGCUCUGAACGGCUGAGGAAUGAAAGCGAGGAUAUCGUCCAGGGUACUGUCAGUGUUCCUGAACCCCAGACUAACAAGAAGAAAGGCAAGGGGAAGGGACGAAGAUAA